AUGUCUUCCAAGCGACCAGCCUCUCCGUAUGGGGAAGCAGAUGGAGAGGUAGCCAUGGUGACAAGCAGACAGAAAGUGGGAGAAGAGGAGAGUGACGGGCUCCCAGCCUUUCACCUUCCCUUGCAUGUGAGUUUUCCCAACAAGCCUCACUCUGAGGAAUUUCAGCCUGUUUCUCUGCUGACGCAAGAGAACUGUGGCCAUAGGACUCCCACUUCUCAGCACAACACAAUGGAAGUUGAUGGCAAUAAAGUGAUGUCUUCAUUUGCCCCGCACAACUCAUCUACCUCACCCUUGAAGGCAGAAGAAGGUGGGCGUCAGAGUGGAGAAUCGUUGUCCAGCACAGCCCUGGGAACCCCUGAAAGGCGCAAAGGGAGCCUCGCGGAUGUUGUAGACACCCUUAAGCAAAGGAAAAUGGAAGAGCUCAUCAAAAAUGAGCCAGAAGAAACUCCCAGUAUUGAAAAGCUACUAUCAAAGGACUGGAAAGACAAGCUUCUUGCCAUGGGAUCAGGGAACUUUGGAGAAAUAAAAGGGACUCCAGAAAGCCUCGCUGAGAAAGAAAGACAGCUCAUGGGUAUGAUCAAUCAGCUGACCAGUUUGCGAGAACAGCUGCUAGCAGCUCAUGAUGAACAGAAGAAACUGGCUGCAUCGCAGAUCGAGAAACAACGCCAACAAAUGGAGCUGGCUAAGCAGCAACAGGAACAGAUUGCGAGACAACAGCAGCAGCUCCUGCAGCAGCAACACAAAAUUAACCUUCUGCAGCAACAGAUCCAGGUCCAGGGUCAGCUGCCUCCAUUAAUGAUUCCCGUAUUCCCUCCAGAUCAACGAACCCUAGCAGCAGCUGCACAGCAAGGAUUCCUUCUUCCUCCUGGUUUCAGCUACAAAGCGGGAUGCAAUAUCGUACUUGGACGUGACCUGAAGUUUCUUUGGCCACAGUUGUAUGCUGCCCAACUUGCUGCGAUGCAAGUGUCUCCGGGAGGCAAGAUACCUGGCAUGCCCCAGGGUAACCUUGGUGCUGCUGUAUCCCCUACCAGCAUCCACACAGACAAGAGCACAAACAGUCCUCCACCCAAAAGCAAGGAUGAAGUGGCCCAGCCUCUGAACCUUUCAGCCAAACCCAAGACAUCUGAUGGCAAGUCUCCCACAUCACCCACCUCUCCUCAUAUGCCAACUCUGAGAAUAAACAGUGGGGCCAGUUCACUAAAGUCAUCCAUGCCAGCAGCAUUAGCUAGUCCUUCAGCCAGGGCUAACACAAUAGGUUAUUUAAAUGACCACGAUGCUGUUACCAAGGCAAUCCAGGAGGCCCGACAGAUGAAGGAGCAACUUCGGAGGGAACAACAGGUGCUGGAUGGGAAGGUGGCUGUUGUGAACAGCCUGGGUCUCAAUAACUGCAGGACAGAAAAGGACAAAACAACACUGGAGACCCUGACUCAGCAACUGGCAGUAAAACAGAGUGAAGACGGGAAGUUUAGCCAUGCAAUGAUGGAUUUCAACAUGAGUGGAGAUUCUGAUGGAAGUGCAGGAGUUUCAGAAUCUAGAAUUUAUCGGGAAUCCAGAGGGCGUGGUAGCAAUGAGCCCCAUAUCAAGCGCCCGAUGAAUGCAUUCAUGGUGUGGGCUAAAGAUGAACGGAGGAAGAUCCUUCAAGCCUUCCCUGACAUGCACAACUCCAAUAUCAGCAAGAUACUAGGAUCUCGCUGGAAAGCUAUGACAAACCUAGAGAAGCAGCCAUACUAUGAGGAGCAGGCCCGACUCAGCAAACAGCACCUGGAGAAAUACCCAGACUACAAGUACAAGCCAAGGCCGAAGCGUACCUGCCUUGUAGAUGGCAAAAAAUUACGCAUUGGCGAGUACAAGGCUAUCAUGCGCAACAGACGCCAGGAGAUGAGGCAGUAUUUUAAUGUUGGGCAACAAGCACAGAUUCCCAUUGCCACCACGGGCGUAGUUUACCCAGGAGCCAUUGACGUGUCCAGCAGCCCGGAGCCCGGGAUGCCCGUCAUCCAGAGCACUUACGGCAUCAAAGGCGAGGAGCCUCAUAUCAAGGAAGAGAUGCAGACCGAUGACGUCAAUGGAGAAAUCUACGAUGAAUACGAUGAGGAAGAGGAUGACCCCGAUGUGGACUAUGGCAGUGACAGUGAAAAUCACAUUGCGGGGCAAGCCAACUGAUCAGGGUCCAAAUGUCUCGUGACCUACAGGACUUCAAGGAGGAAAGAAAAAUAAAUAAAGCCCCAUCUGGUUUAUCCUUGCCAGUGGCCAAGCACAUUAACUUUCUCAUACACUGACUGUUACUUUAACUGUUAGUCUUAACUAGUUGGGACAUCAGCUGACUAAUAGACAUCAGCCUGCAUCAGAAGAAAAAAGGCUCAGAAGAAAGGAAACAAAGACAACGACGACAACAACAACAGAACGAUAUAAGCUAUGGGUAAAAUAAUGCCAGUAAUUCAGCUGCUAUACCCAAGCACUGAAGUCUUACCCGUCGACCUUUUAUUAUUAUUAUUUUUUUUUUCAAAUAAACUUUAUGGCUGUUUGUUCUACAAUGUUCUAGAAAUUCUCACUCAGGUACACAGUGCCAACAAGUGGCUUGUGAAUGUGUUUUGUUGUUUUGUGCUACAGUUUAAAGAGAAAUAAUUUUUUUUUUUGGUAAUGCACCUGACAGGAAAGAAAAAAGAUAAAAUUCCUUUUACCCCCUCUGUUUCCUCCUCCUCCUCCUCCUCCUCCCCGGCAAAUCUGGGUCCGAAGUGUGUGUGUGUGCGUGCGUGCCUGUGCGCGUGGCUGGCAAGGAAGGAAGUGGGGAGUCUGUUUCUGUUAACCCCAACAAGCAAUUAUUUCCUUUCAAGACAGGACUUCUCUUCAUCAGUUGCACACCAUACUGAGUCUUUGAGCAAGUGCCAAAUUUGUACUAAAGCGCUGAACUAGUCCAAUUUGCUUCUUUUUUUGGUUGGUCUCUUCUUGCUUUGUUUUUCUUUUGCUUUUCUUUCGCUU